AACUUGUAAAAUAAAUUCGAUUUGCUCAAUCCCCAUUUACUACGCCCCUGCCAUCAUCUGUUGUUGUUGUUUUGCUUGCGGUAGACAUGGUUAUCAAACCGCAAACAGAUAACAUUUAAAAUCAGCAAUAUGAGCAAAGCCAGCAACAUCAUGCGUUUGGCGCUGUUGCAAUUAAAGGGCUCCAAGGACAAGGCGGCCAAUGUCCAAAACGCAGUCAGCAAAAUCGAGACGGCGGUCAGGGAGCACCAGCCACGAUUGAUCACCCUACCAGAAUGUUUCAAUGCUCCAUAUGGCACCAAGUAUUUCCGGGAGUAUUCCGAGACCAUUCCUGAUGGCUACACCUCUCAGCAGCUCUCGAACUUGGCCAAGAAGCACCAGGUUUAUAUAGUCGGAGGAACAAUUCCAGAACUGGGUGAAAACGAUGCCAUCUAUAACACCUGUACGGUGUGGUCACCCACUGGCGAUCUGGUGGCCAAGCACCGCAAGAUGCAUCUAUUCGACAUCGAUGUCAAGGGCGGCAUUCGCUUCAAGGAGUCGGAAACCCUGUCCGCAGGCAAUGACUUCACCACCAUCGACAUAGAUGGCCACAAGAUCGGCAUCGGCAUCUGCUACGACAUCCGUUUUGAGGAGAUGGCCCGGCUCUAUCGCAAUGCUGGCUGUGAGAUGAUCAUCUAUCCGGCUGCCUUCAACAUGACCACCGGCCCUCUGCAUUGGGAGCUGCUUCAGCGAGCCCGUGCCAAUGAUAACCAACUCUUUGUGGUGACCACUUCGCCAGCCAGGGAUCCUGUUGCCGAGUAUGUUGCGUACGGCCAUUCCCUGGUGGUGGAUCCCUGGGCCAAAGUGCAGCAGAGUGCCGGUGAUGGUGAGGAAACAGUAGUGGCGGAUAUCGACUUCUCCCUGGUGGAGCAAGUGCGUCAGCAGAUUCCCGUCUUUGGGCAACGGCGACUGGAUUUGUAUGCCACCGUAAAGAAGUCAAAGUAAAGGAUGCUUGACUUGCAGAAUUUUGGUUUUUACCCCGACAUGAUGUCCUAUUGGGAUCCUUGCAUUUACGUUUGUAUAUAAAAGUUAAUAGACCUCAAGAAUCUUUGGUUUUAACUAUGAUAAAAGAUCAUAGAACAGAAAGGUUUAAGCCUUUCGUUAAAUUUGUUGAUUUUACAUUAAAUUUAAAAAGCACUCAGAAUCUUUGGUUUUCAUCAUAGGAAGAUAUACUGAACAGAAUUUGAAAAAUGCAUUUAUGUUUGUUGAUAGUAUUUACAACUUAAAAGGCCUUCAGAAUCUUACACCGAAAUGAAAUCAAAAUAAAGGUUGCUUAAGCUUUAGAGUCUUUGCUUUUGCAUUUAAAUUCAAUUAACCAAGAAAAAAUAUAAAUAAACAUAGAAACCAGCAUUUAUGUUUGUUGAUUGUAUAUAAAAUUUAAUAGACCUAAACACUUGUCACACUAA